CUUUGUCAGCAGAAUCACCUUUUAGUUACAUCACAGCCAAAGCCAAAAACAAAACAAACAUCACAAUAAUACAAUGACCACAAGUACUGGUAAAUAUGCAACAGCAUACUUUUACUGUUGUAGCUGGUGAAAUGUUAGUGCUGCUACUUCUGGAUAUGUAUCAGUACUUACAAGUAGAUUAAAUAAAAUCAAGAAUAAAGACAGUAAAAUAUUUGCAAUACAUCUACUGUCAAUUCCACACACAUGCAACGAAUAAAUGAUUUUUCUUGCUGGAGGUGACUACAUAUUCAUCUGUAUUUAUAAGUGAAUAACAAACGAUUUCUAUGAUGUGUGUUUUCAAAAUGGCAUAGCAUUUUAGAAGUAAGAAUAUAUUGGAGAUAUUAGUGUGUACAGCAAAGAUGGUGGGAAGGCAGGGGAAAAAGGUAAAAUUAAACCAACAUUUUAAUCAAGUUUAAUAUCACCGGCAUGUGUCAUGAAAUUUGUUAUCUUUGCGGCAGUACAGUGCAACACAUAAUAAUAGGAAAAUGCGAAUAUUUAUUAAGUAUAUUUAUUAAAUAAUUAAAUUAAAUAAGUAGUGCAAAAAUAGGAAUUUAAAUGUAGUGAGGUCAUGUUCAUGGGUUCAGGGUCCAUUCAGAAAUUGGAUGGCAGAGGGGAAAAAAAUUGUUCCUGAAUCAUUCAGUGUGUGCCUUCAGGCUUCAGUACCUCCUUCCUGAUGGUAGCAAUGAGAAGAGGGUGAUGCCACCUUUUUGAGGCAUCACUCCUUGAAGAUGUCCUAGAUACUUAAAGCAGAAGUUGAUAGUUUCCUGAUUGGUCAGGGCAUCAAGGGAUAUGGUGAGUGGGCAGGUAUAUGGGGUCGAAUAGGAUCCGGGAUCAGCCAUGAUGAAAUGCAGGAGUGGACUCAAUGGCUGAAUGACCUAAUUCUGCUCCUAUGUCUUACAUCUAUAGUCUUAUACUACAGAGGCUAGUGCUCAUGAUGGAGCUGACUAUAUUUGACUUAAUACAGCCGUAAGUUUUACUGCCAACUAUAUUAAAUGGAUGAUAGUGUUACACAAUUAAGCAAAUAACCAGCCAUUAACUUAACUAACAGACAAACAUGCAGUUAAUUUUUUACUGUGAAAUGAAUAAAACAGAAGGCUUUAUUGACAAAUCAAUAAAUAUUCACAAAACAUAAAACACAUCUGGCGCUGAAAGCUCCGAAUGAACAACCUUUUGAUCUUUUUUACCCAAAGCUGUAGACAUUCAAUGUCUGAAGUUCAGGCCAUCUCUGAAAAGCUUCAAAUAUUCUUGUUGAAAUUUAGCACCAAGUUGAUGCAAUAAACAGGAAUGUAAUUUGACACAAUUGGACUGUUUUAAAGAGGUUAUUGCAAAUGAAGCUUACUUUAAUAUGUUGAAGGAAGAAAUAAAAAUCAAAACUGUAUUUGAGCUUGGGGUAAAUUUUUCUCCAUGCUAUUUUGAAGUGAAAUCAGAUAAAUAUACUUCAUAAAUAAGUUUAGAAAUUGGGUACAAAUGAAUCAAGCUGCGCUUUUUAUUUAUUUUUUUUUAAAGAAUUUUAAGUAAAGUAGUUAGAGUUGUGAAUUUCUCAAUCUGUUCUUGCUCUGGAGAAGCAUAGAUUAUUAUUGCAAGGCCGAAUAAAGCAAAGUUCUAUUUUGCUGAAGGCUCAAGGAACUCAUUGCAAUGGAGAAACUUGCACACUGAAUAGGUCCUUUCCUUCACAACCCCCACAAGUAUCUGCACUGGGACCCUUGCUACUUGUAAUAAAUGUGAAUGAUUUGGAUGUAGAUGUAAGUGACAUGAUUGGCAGAUUUCCAGAUUGAUGCACCAUCAAUAACUCUUGGAGACGUGAGGCAGGCUUUUAUUAGCUGGAAGAGAGCACUAUCAGCAGCAAGAGACCAUCACACAACAUCCUGGAGACUGAGGGAGGAUCAGUGCCUCCAAUCGCCUUUAUCCAGGGGUCUGUGGGAGGAGCCACAGGAGCAGUCAGCGGGGGAGGGAGGGCGUGUCCAGACAGGUAUACGUAGUUCACCACACAGAUGUCACUAGGAUUUGUUGAUAACUAGUCUCUGCUCCAGGUUUUGAUGCUUUGCUGAAAUGAGCUAAGAAAUGGGAGAUAGAUUUAAAUGCUGUGAUGCAUUCUGGGAGCACUAAUAAGGCUAGAAAAUACAUCCUGUAUCAGGACUACUGUGGAACAAAGAGACCUUGGUAUGCAAGUCCAAAGAUCCUUGGAUCUUAAAGAUGGUGACCAAAACUGUAUCCACACUCCACGUGUCCUCACCAACGCCCUGCACAGUUGUAACAAUAUUAUUUUUUAAACUCCAAUCUCUUGCAAUAAAGACCAAUAUUCCAUUGCUACUUCAACUACUUGCUAACCUUGUAUUGCAAGUAAGCGCAGUGCAGAGGAACUUCCCUCUGGUUGAAUAAAAAUCUGCUCCUCAAUUGCUCAUGUCAAAGUAUACAAUCUCAUUUUCACACAUUUAACUCCAUUUGCCAAAUUUUUACCCAAGCACUCACACCAUCCACAGUAAAAUUCCAAAAAUCUCUCUAUCUGAAAGCAACUUUAGGCUCAUUGGGUGAUGUUCCCACAUUCCUCCUCCACGAACAAAGUCCUCUAUUCCCACACACCUCCUCCACUCAGUAGGUCCUCUGUUCCCACACUCCUCUCCACUCACCAGGUCCUCUGUUCCCACACACCUCUCCACUCACCAGGACCUCUGUUCCCACACUCCUCUCCACUCACCAGGUCCUCUGUUCCCACACACCUCUCCACUCACCAGGUCCUCUGUUCCCACACUCCUCUCCACUCACCAGGUCCUCUGUUCCCACACUCCUCUCCACUCACCAGGUCCUCUGUUCCCACACACCUCUCCACUCACCAGGUCCUCUGUUCCCACACUCCUCUCCACUCAGUAAGUCCUCUGUUCCCACACUCCUCUCCACUCACCAGGUCCUCUGUCCCCACACACCUCCUCCACUCAGUAAGUCCUCUGUUCGCACACUCCUCUCCACUCACAAAGUGUUCCCACACACCUCUCCACUCACCAGGUCCUCUGUUCCCACACACCUCUCCAAUCAGUAGGUCCUCUGUUCCCACACACCUCUCCACUCACCAGGUCCUCUGUUCCCACACUCCUCUCCACUCACAAGGUCCUCUGUUCCCACACACCUCCUCCACUCACCAGGUCCUCUGUCCCCACACACCUCCUCCACUCAGUAAGUCCUCUGUUCCCACACUCCUCUCCACUCACCAGGUCCUCUGUCCCCACACACCUCCUCCACUCAGUAAGUCCUCUGUUCCCACACUCCUCUCCACUCACAAAGUCCUCUGUCCCCACACACCUCCUCCACUCAGUAAGUCCUCUGUUCCCACACUCCUCUCCACUCACCAGGUCCUCUGUUCCCACACUCCUCUCCACUCACCAGGUCCUCUGCUCCCACACACCUCUCCACUCACCAGGUCCUCUGUUCCCACACUCCUCUCCACUCACCAGGUUCUCUGUUCCCACACUCCUCUCCACUCACCAGGUCCUCUGUUCCCACACUCCUCUCCACUCACCAGGUCCUCUGUCCCCACACACCUCCUCCACUCAGUAAGUACUCUGUUCCCACACUCCUCUCCACUCACCAGGUCCUCUGUUCCCACACUCCUCUCCACUCACCAGGUCCUCUGCUCCCACACACCUCUCCACUCACCAGGUCCUCUGUUCCCACACACCUCUCCACUCACCAGGACCUCUGUUCCCACACUCCUCUCCACUCACCAGGUCCUCUGUUCCCACACACCUCUCCACUCACCAGGUCCUCUGUUCCCACACACCUCUCCACUCACCAGGUCCUCUGUUCCCACACUCCUCUCCACUCACAAGGUCCUCUGUUCCCACACUCCUCUCCACUCACCAGGUCCUCUGUUCCCACACUCCUCUCCACUCACCAGGUCCUCUGUUCCCACACACCUCUCCACUCACCUGGUCCUCUGUUCCCACACUCCUCUCCACUCACCAGGUCCUCUGUUCCCACACACCUCUCCACUCACCAGGUCCUCUGUUCCCACACUCCUCUCCACUCACCAGGUCCUCUGUUCCCACACACCUCUCCACUCACCAGGUCCUCUGGUCCCACACUCCUCUCCACUCACCAGGUCCUCUGUUCCCACACACCUCUCCACUCACCAGGUCCUCUGUUCCCACACACCUCUCCACUCACCAGGUCCUCUGUUCCCACACUCCUCUCCACUCACCAGGUCCUCUGUUCCCACACUCCUCUCCACUCACCAGGUCCUCUGUUCCCACACUCCUCUCCACUCACCAGGUCCUCUGUUCCCACACACCUCUCCACUCACCAGGUCCUCUGUUCCCACACUCCUCUCCACUCACCAGGUCCUCUGUUCCCACACUCCUCUCCACUCACAAAGUCCUCUGUUCCCACACUCCUCCUCCACUCAGUAAGUCCUCUGUUCCCACACUCCUCUCCACUCACCAGGUCCUCUGUUCCCACACUCCUCUCCACUCACCAGGUCCUCUGUUCCCACACACCUCUCCACUCACCAGGUCCUCUGUUCCCACACUCCUCUCCACUCAGUAG